AUGGAUGAUAAUCUAUGUGGUUCACACCGAGUAUGUUACGAAACGCGUGCGUACGUCUCGAUGGGUACAAGUUCGCAACUCAUGCUCCAACCCCGCGCUUUAUUCAUACACUUGAUGUUUCCUCACUUGAUAGAGGUCGUGAUGCUAAUAAACAGUCGCUCUGUUAUCUGCUUACCGCUCAUUGGCGCAGCUGGUAUCCCGUGUCCUUAG